AUGGAGGUCGACGAUGUAAGUCAGCUUAUUUACUGUGAUGCUUUUAGAUAUAUUACAGUAUUAUAUGUUAUAUUUGUAUAUUGUUGUAUCUUUAUCUAAUAGUUUGGAGGUUAACGUUUACACAUAGCUAUUACUAUGCAACUAUAAUAUUAUACUACGUGUCAGUAUUUUCUUUCAUAGCUAAUAUUAGUCGAAAACUAGCUAGAUAUACUUAUAAUUACAUGUUUAAGACAUUGUAAAGUUUCAGUAAAAUGUAAUUUGUACACUUUUAUAAUAGUUACUGUAAACUUUACUUACAAUGACUUAGUGUAAGGUUUUGUUUAGCUAAUCGAAGCACGAAUUCGUUAAAUAUGUUCAAACAGUCUUAAACUACAAAAUACACGUUCGUAUCUUGUGAUAUGUCGUGUGGUUGUGUUUAUUUUAUUAGUUUAGUACUUUAAAAUUUCUUUUCAACUUUUAUAGCGUAAAGUAAUAGUAUCAACUGUAUAAGACACAGUAUAUAUUAGCACUAAACACAUAGGUACAGCAUUACUUAUUAAUUUACUACGUAUAUCUUAUAUCUUUUGUGCUUUUUAUAUCUUUAGCAAAAUUUUAUUUAUUUUUAACAUUGUAUACUGUAUAUAUAUAUACAUAUGUAUGCAUAUACUGUACUUUAAAUUGUCAUGUUGUCUCACCUUUCGUAACCCAUGUGUAACAAAACUAGAGUUUGCAGCGUAUCCGAAGUACGUUGUAACCUUUUGUUUGUGCAGAAUCUGGAGAUCGUUGGUCUCUUGGGCCUGGGACAACAGCAAAGCCUUUACAUCCAUUAUACUGCCUUUUCUCUUAACUUUGUCCUUAAUAUCGCCGUUAGCUUGCUUAUUUCCAUCUUUAUUUUAGAGUUUGUGCUUUUCUACUCAUUCUGUAUUGUACUUUAGUGAGCAUAACAUAGGUUAGUUUUUACUGUGUUUUAUUUUACUCAUACCUAUAUUAUACAUAGGCUAUAUAUUAAAUUGUAUAUCUUUCAUCUUUAUAUUAUAGUAGUUUUUGAAUCAAAAUGCCAAUAUUAAAUGACAUGUGAAUCCAAAUCCUACUAUACCUGUUAAUACACGCUAGGAUAAUUGAGUUUUCUAUGGGCAAACAUCACUUGAGUAGUAAAUAUUUACCGUGGUUAAGAGCUUUCUCGGCAUCGUACUAUUUUUGGACGUUCAGUAACAUAUAGUAUGAUUUCUGUUUACUUAAAGAGCCAAGAUAACCAUGGUUUUUGGUGAUUUAUGAUAUUAUAAUAGGUAAGAGUUGGUCAAAAAGUGUGUAGAAUCUGAUAUUCUUGACCUUACUGUAUUAUUUUACUAACUUUAAAGCCAGUUUAUGUAUCAUAGCAUGCUUUUUAACUUCUAUAACCUAACUAUGUUGUCACUUACAUUUUUUUAACAUACUACAGUAAUACCAAGUAAAUAAAACAAACACUUAAGACAAGUGUUUUCAAACUGUUAUCAUAACAUGUCUUGCACUUUACUAUGGUAUUUAAAUUCGUACUUUCAUGUUCGUAUUGUUUAUUGUUGUUGAUAGUAAGACCAUUUAGUGUAUUUUCGUAGGGAUGUACAUUUCUUACGGUAUAUUCUAAAAUUAGUAGGUUCAUUGUUAUAUUAGUACUAUCAUUAGUGCUAUAUUAAUACUACUAUUAGUACUAUUGUUAGUACUAAUUAUAGGCCAUAAUUUUGUAACUAAUUACAGACUACAUUUCUUGUUACAGUACUAUUUGCAAAUUAAAACCUAUAUAGUACUACUACUAUAUAUAGCCCAAUCUUUGGCCCAUUGUUUACGACUGUUACCGGUCGUUUUCCGCAUAAAUAAAGUAACCGGAAUGAGUGACUCUGUUUUUGUUAUGCGGGUCAUUGUAGGGAAUAAUAACACCAGCAGGUUGUUUAUCUACGGUUUAAGUAAACCAUUAUCUUAUUGCAACAUACGACUAUGUUCCCAUGAUCUGUGGCCGUUGGGACACAAAACAUUGUGUCCGCGAGAGAGUGGGGUAAUUAGAGAGGCGGCGGAGAAGGAGGGGGUGUUAGGAGUGAGGGAAAACUGGUAAACAACAUCCCUUCAAAUGGCCAUCAGGUCUUUGGUCAAGUUGUUGUUGUCAAUGUGCUACAGUAGUCGAUUUCUGGUUAUCUUGAGGAUUCUCGGUCAUCUGUUUGGUCUUUUGGCAAUAAAAUUAUAUUGUGAUUCUUGGCAAAUACUCUAUAGAUUUACUAUUUAUAUCCUAUAAUCUGCAAUAUGUAAAUUACUAUUUUCGUAAAUAUGUGUCUGUUUUGAUAUGCAGACGAUAUUUAUACACACCAUAUCUAAAUGAAUAUCAUUUCAGCUUCUCCACAAUGAUCACAUGGACCCAUUAGCCCCGUUGGACCCGUGCCAACCCAUCCUACAGCACCAACAGCCCCACUGCUCCAGCGUUCAGCAGUCUGAGUGUAUUCUGAAUCACGCCAUCAAACGCGGCCGCCUUCAAUACCUAUAUGCACCUCAAAAUGGCCAUGUAGCCAGCUACAAGUCUCCCAGUCACAUUCCCGCUUCCUUGAUUGCACAGUACGAGUACGAGCGAAGCAACAAAGGACCUUCCAUGUUUCCGCCACAGGGCAUGAGCUACGACCAAGAAGUGGUCGACAUCAGAUGGACGGGUCACCUGGAUGGCACGGCCUAUGCACUUUUGAGGUAAGACUUUGGAAUGUAACCUGCCUAGAAUAAGAAAAGGCCAGCACUUAAUGGCCUUUGAACAUAUUUUUAAAAUGAGAAAUAAAUUUUCGCUUGUUUAAAAAUUACAUUUCAGGCAUAGCGACCAAGUGCACCGCCUUGUCCCAUUCCUGUGGGCACAGGCCCACUUCCCCGAACUUAUGAGACGCCACCUCCAACACCAAGAGCAACACCAACAUCGUAACAUAAAGCCUAUCGUGCAUAGACAAUGGAAUCACGUUAAUCCGUCAAUCAGGCGUCCUCAACGUGCUCCUCACCUUCCUAACGUAGUGAGACCCAAUCCUCAGUUCGUUCAACAAAGCUCCAACAACUUCCAUUUCCACCCCAACCCGGAGCUCCGUCUGAAUGAGGAUGUUCAGGUGAAUCAAGUCGAACGCCCCCUUAAUCUACCCCUGCCCAACCUUAACCACGGUCUUAACGUAAAUCAGGCCCUUCCGAAUGUUAACCAAGGCAACCUGAACCUUCCUUUCAAUGCCAACAACAAUAUCAUGAACUCACUGCCUCCAAACCUUCAACCAGCUUCAUUCCUCGACGUCCAGAAUCCUUUAAAUCACUUCAUCGACCGUGCCACGCCUUUUCCAAUAUUCGACUCGGUCGCCACCACCUUGGGCCAGGUCAUGACCAACGUCCAGAAGUCUGCUUCUAACGUGGUCAUCAGCGAAGAUCCUUAUCAGGAGAAGCCCGAGCCUUCUGGAGAUGACGAUGAGAUCCCUCCAGACCCGUUUAACAUCGCUACGGGACUAGAGACACCGUUCAAUCAGCACUUGUGUAGCGUCAACACCACCACCGUGCUGCGGCGUCAGAAUCGGAAGCUGACUCACGAUGUAGCAAUGGAUUCGGGCGAAACAACCUCAGGGCACGUCGCUAAGAGACGUAGAAUGUAA